AAAAAGCGGCUACUGCAGCUAAAACGCUACUGCCAGUAUGAAAAACAGCUAGAAAAAGCUGUGGCUAAGAAACCCCUGCUACAGAUGAGUAAAAAGUCAAACAGCGGUGUUGUUAAAAAACAGCUACGUGAGGUGAGGUUUGUUGGGAAGGUUAGGCUACUUGAAGCUGCCGCUAGGAAUGACGUCGAUGAAGUCCGACAACUUUUGGAAAGCGGUGUGAGCCCAGAUGUUGCAAAUGAUGAUGGGCUCACGGCCAUGCAUCAAUGCUGCAUAGAUAACUUCGAAGAAAUGUUAUGCCUAUUAAUAGAAUACGGCGCCAACGUUAACGCUUGCGACAGCGAACUGUGGACGCCACUACACGCCGCGGCUGCCUGUGGCCACCUCUAUCUAUGCAAACAUUUAAUUGAAAAUGGAUCUAACUUGAUGGCGGUCAACUGCGACGCCAUGAUGCCCUACGACAUCUGCGACAACGACGCCACCCUUGACUACAUCGAGACGGAAAUGACGAAAAGAGGGAUAACGCAACAGUUGAUAGACGAGACACGCAACCUUCGAGAACAGACGAUGUUGAGAGAGCUGAAGGAGAAGAUAGACGUCAACUGGACCGGAAGGAAUGGAGAAACUCUCCUGCACAUAGCCGCCUGCAAUGGAUACACAGACGUCGCCCAAUACCUGCUCACCGUACCAGGCAUCAACAUCGACGCCCUAGACCACGAAUUGUGGCAGCCAAUCCACUGCGCCGUUUGCUGGAAUCAGCUCGGUGUACUAGAGUUAUUAUUGGCCCACGGAGCUAACCUGGAUGCCAGGACCCGGAACGGAGAAACGCCAUUGGACAUGUGUGAAGACGACGAACUAAGACAACAGAUUGUUGACAUGAAAGAUCAUUGGCAAAGAAAUAACAAAUCCUCAAGGUCACGCGACUUACAACAUAGACACAGCAGUAAUACCAGAAGCUCUUCAGUACGUAGAACGAGUAUGAAACAGAAGAAGGCAACUUCUAUGAAGGAAGCUAUAGAAGAAGGAAAGAUG